AUGGCCCUGUUCCUUGCGCCCCUGCUGCUUUUCCUCUUGGCCGCACACAGUGGCAUGGGCGAACAGGGACUGCACGGCUUCCAAAGCUGCAAGCAGAUGUUGAAUGUGUCAGUGCUGGGCGCCCUGCCAGGAGCUGGCUGGGACAACCUGCGCAACGUGGAGCUGGAGCAGGUGCUGAGGCGAGACUAUUCGCAAUGCCUCACCUCCGAGGACGGCGAGUACCUCAUCCCCGACCAGAUGAGUGUGGUGCCGCGGCGGGAGAGUGUCGUGGAGUCCCGCGCGGAACUCAUUGACAACUGGGUCAACUACACCGACAUCUGGGCGGCCUCCAUCAACGCUGAGGUCUCCUUCCUCUCCAAAAUCAAUGGGAAGUUCUCCACGGAGUGCCAGCAGGUCAAGAAGUACAACCUGGAGUACAAGACCGUCACGAUGCGGGUGCAGAUCCGCCACCACAUCUACUCUGUGAAGGCCUCCGAGAGUCCCGACUUCCACCCCGCCUUUCUGCAGCAUCUGCUGACCCUCAGCGAAUACCUGGAGAACAACCAGACCCACGAGGCCGAGUACCUGGCGGAUAUGCUAGUGUUCAGGUUCGGUACGCACGUCCUCACUGAUAUGGAAGUCGGAGCUACCUUGGUGCAGGAGGACCAGGUGAGGAGGGAGCUGGUGGAGGGGAUAACCCAAAACAAGAUCAACAUCACCCUUGCUGCCUCGGCCUUGUUUUUCAAAAAGGUCAACUUUGCAGCCGAAGCCUCCUGGCAGAAGCAGAACCAGCUCCUGCAGGACUAUGUGCGGGGCACGGUGGCCUCCAAGAUUCACAGCCACGGCGGCGUGCCCUUCUACCCCGGCAUUACCCUGCAGAAAUGGCAGGAGAGCAUUGGCAACCGGCUGGUGGCCAUCGGCAGAUCGGGCCUGCCUCUGCCCGAGCUGCUCCUGCCUGAAUCGCUGCCCCAACUCCCAGCGCCCGCCGUGCGACGCCUGGCGGCCGCCGUGCAAAACGCCAUCAAGCGCUACUACGCGGUCAACACGCAUCCGGGAUGCUUGAAGCUCGGGGAGCCCGGCUUUGACCCCCAGGCCAAUGUAGACGACGGCUCGUGCAAAAGCAGCCACCGUGCCAAUUUCCCCUUCGGCGGCGUCUUCCAGGAGUGCCAGGUGGUGUCCGGGAAGGAUGCCAAGGACCUCUGCCAGCCCUAUCGCAUCGCAAACCCGCUCACCGGCAAAGCCUCUUGCCCGGCCAAUUACACAGCCAGCGCCCUGAGCAGCCAGCUGAAGACGUGGAGCGAGGUCCGUCCUGAGUGCAAGAAGCAGUGCAACAGGUGCUGGCUCUUCUUCCAGUGCUGCCAUACCGUGUGCUCCAACCGCGAGUAUCGCAAGGCGGUGCGCCUGAGUGCCUCGUGGUGCUCCGCCUCGGGGGCCUCCCAGCCCACCACUGCCGGCUUCCUCUUUGGGGGCCUCUAUAGCCCUGGCCACCCAAACCCCUUCACCAGAGCCCAGACCUGUCCCUCCUCCUACUACCCACUGACCCUCUUUGGUGAACUCAAGGUAUGUGUCAGCAGCGACUCGGAGCUGGGCGCUGCCCCGGCAGUCCCAUUUGGGGGGUUCUUCAGCUGCCAGGUGGGCAACCCCUUGGCCGGCCUUCUGAAGAAUCAGAGUCCCGGGCUCCUGAAGGAGGUGUUCUACCAAGACAGCUCCACGAAGUACCCCAUGAAAUGCCCAGCAGGGUACAGCCAACACCAGGCUUACCUCUUCAAUGGCUGCCAAGUCCUCUACUGCCUCCCGGCUGGGGCCCUCUUAAGCCAGCAGCUGGCAGCUGUGCGCUUGCCACCCUUCAUUCCCCGCCCCCUCCUGCUCAACAGAACCAGGGCCGUCUCGUCUUCUGUCGCGGUUGACUCCAAUGGUCAGCAGGUUUGGGUGAGGCUGCAAGGCUCUAACCAUUGGCAGCAGACCAGUGUCAGAGACCUGUCCCUGUCAACCAAAUUCUCAAGCCAGCCUGGCUCGGGGACCAGCUUUGGGACCAUUUUUGGCUCCUGGAUGGCUGCCAUGGUGGUUGUGGCGGCUCUUGCCCUGGGGGUAAGCUAUGGUUUCAGGUACUACAAGAAAAGGGGCUGCAGGAAACCACAGGAGGGCAUCUUCACAGAGGGACAGAAGGACUAUGGGGCCACAGAAGCCACCGCAGAGCCCCACUCGGUUUGA